AUGACAACGUUGUCCUGCAGUUAUUUGCCAGAUUAUUUUUCUCUCACGGACAUUUUGUGUACGGAAGAAAGACUAUCGUGCAAAGUAGAGGUUACGCUACCUCGUUUGGGUUUCCUGGAUCUUUCUUCCGAGUCUGAGGACCUGAAAUCGGGUACAAAGUUGGAGCUUCCGUUAUGGCUAGCGCAACCAUUAAACCUGGCAAAAGAAUCGAUAGUCAGCAUAGAUAUACCCAAAACGUACAAAGAAGGCUACAGAGAAAUUUUAUUGGCAGAUGCUUGCACCGUCAUGUUAAAUAAGUGGAAUCCAUAUUAUUACGAAGUAGGAAUGUAUUUAAAAAAGUUUAAUAAUCGUGAUUGUGAAAUGAUAAUUGACAGUUUGUUGCUGACCUUUAGAUCACGAUUCAGACUAGUCAUGGACUGGGCACAGAAUCCUGUUUCCGAUCCUACGCUCAAUAAUUUACUGCCAAGAUUGGAGAGAGAUCUAUUUCUAGAAGGUAGAAAAGCCAAGGUGCUGUUGAACAAAUGGUUGAAGAAAGGUUCGAACGUCAUCGAGACCUCACAAAGCGCAGUGAAUCUGAGAAAACGUAAGCGGACGGAUUAUGAACUCGAUUGAAAUGUGCCUUUAUAGGAUUUACGUGCAGGUAACAGAACGCAAGUGUUUAUUACACCGUUGACUAUCGUAUUCCGAGUUGUACAGAAUAAAAUUCCACAUUAUUGAAAUAUUCCUUUAUUCAAAGAUACAAGUACAUCUGUACGAGAGUUCUACUUAUUAAAUAACGAAUAAAAAUUUUAUUUACA